AUGGAUUUUGCUAGUCCUGCUUAAAAGAGAUACCCAAUUGAAAAUAUAUUAAAUGAUGCAACAUCCAUGUUGAAAAAGGUAUUUUAAAAUUAACAUAAAAGAAUGGGAAUAGAAAAGUUAUUUUAUUGUUAGAUAAGCAUUUUAUGAGUUAUUCUUAAAAUGAUGUUGCAUCAUUAAAUAUUUAGAUCAGUAGAAGACUUUUAAAGGCAGCACAAAAUUUAUUAAUAGAAUAUAUACAAAGAGAUAACUUAUCUAAAGUUGAUUUAUUGCUUGAUAGAAGCAACUUAUAUAUUGCUGUUUUAUAUAUCAAUAUUUAAAAAAAAUUGAAAAAUGAGAAAGGAAUAGAGUAAUAUGAAGAGUUAAACACAGCUUAGAUUGAAUAAAAGAUUGGACUAAAUAGAUUGAGAUAAAGGAUUAGAUAAACUAUAUGUGUACCUGGCAAUUUGAUUAAAGCUACUCAUUUGAAUAGAUUAAAAGAAAAAGAUAAAAGUAUUUAAGAAUAAUUAAUAUUAAUAGUUAAGUUUUAUAUCAAUGAAUGUUGGGUUUUAUUAUUAAAAUAAUUGAUAAUAUAUGCAAAAAUAUUUAAAUCUACAAAUGAGAUUCAAAAUAGUUUGAGAAUGAUAUCUAAGAUUGAUUCAUUUUUAUCUAUAAAAGAAUUUCAUAAACGAAAAAAUAUAGAGAUGAUUAAAGUUUAAGUGGAACAUUAUUAAAAUUCAGGUUAAUUAUAUCUUUAAUUAUGUGAAUUCAAAUUAUCUUUGUAAUAAUACGAUCUUGCUUUAUAAUUUUUAUAAGAUUUGAUAUUUACAAUUCUUAAAAAGAAUAAUAUUCCAAAUGUAAUUGAUGAUAAUGAUUUAAAACCAGUUGAAUAAUAUAUAAUGAAAAUUAUUGUUAUUCUGUAUAUAGAAUCUUUAUGUUAUGAAUAUUUGUCUGAAUAUUCAUAAAUGAAAGAAUGCAUACAUUUAUCAUAAUGGUUAUGUAGUGAAGUAUUGAGACUUGAGGAUGAACAUCAAUUACAUAUAUUGAUUUAUAGUAGAGCAUAAGAUAUAUAAAAAUAUUUUGAAGUCAUUUUAGCUGAAUGUGAAAUAAGACAUAUUAUAUUUUCAUCUUUUUGUGAUAAUAAUAAUACUGAAAUGAAAGCUAUAUCUGCUUAAAUUAAAGAAGAUUAUAUGUAAUUAUUAAAUGAAAGGUUUUUUUUAAAAUUUCAAUAACAAAAACUUAAUAGAUAAUAAUUUUAUAAAUUAAAUUAGAAAACUAAUUAAUCUCCUUAACCAUAUUUACUUUAUUCUGUACCAAAAGGUAGUAGAACAGAAAGAGAAAAUACUCUAUAAUAAAUUUCUAAAUAAUAUUAAUCAUUUACAACUUAAGAUGGUAUUGAAUAAUAAUCAAGAAAAUUUAUAAAUGUUGAAAGUGAUACUAAAUUAUUGAAAUAAAAUUCUUUAUCUUCAUUUUCUAGAAAAACAAGACCUACAGAUUUUUCUUAAUAUUGUAAAACUGAAUAAUCAGAUUAUCCUAAACUUGAUUAAGAAUUAGCUGGUGUAAUUGUUAAAUAAUUAAAAUAAGAGAAACCAUUUUAUAUGUUAUCUGAUAUCUAAAAGACUUGUUAAGAUGAAAUUUAUGAAAAUUAAAGAUAAUAAUAGGAUUAUGAAUUAGGAAAAGCAGUUCUUAUGUUUAAAAAGUAAUUUAGUAAAAAUGUUAUUACUGAACCUAAAGAAAUUGAUUCUUUAAAAUAAUUAAAUAAUUAAAUUAAAACAGAAUUUUAAUUAAUUUCAGGUUAUUUGGAAGCAUAAGAAUAAUUAAAAAGAAAGAAAUAAAAAUAAAAAUUAUUUGAAUAAUCUCAAUAACCUAAAUAAAAAAAAUAAAGUCCUUUUAGAAAAAUCUUAAUAAAACAUAGUAAUACUUUAGGAUUAAAAUAAAUCAAGAAAAAAUUAUAACAUUUAGAAGAAGAAUCUAUUUUAAUGAAAAUGUAUUAAUAAAUAAGUGAUAAGAAAGAAGAAGAAAAAGAACAACCAAAACAAGAAUAAAUAAUUAGAAAAAUGAUCUAAACUAAUUUAAAUGUAAUUAUAUUUUAUACUAAAUUUUUAUAGGCAAUUAAAGUUUUCAUGGAUGAAAAUCAAAAAGAACAGGAAACUGCUUAAAAUUAGCUAAGAAAGAGAAGACCAAUCUCUGUAUCAACAUAAGUUAAACCUAAUAUAAAUUUAUAAAGCACUUCACUUAGAGAUGUUAUAAAAGAUUUAGCAGGAUCAACUUAAUAUCUUAGUACUAAAGGAUAAUCAUCAAAAAAUGCUACAUCUUUAGUGGAAUUGGCUAAUUUAAAAAGAAAAUUAAAUUCAAUUUAAUUUAAAAGUCCUAUUAGAUACUCAUAAUUAUUUAAAAAAUAAUAAUGA